AUGUCGUCGUCCGAUGUUGCCCCUCCGCGCGGGGCAGACACAGACAGCGAUGCCAGACCUCGGGUCUGUGACAACUGCAUCCGCCAGAAAGUCAAGUUCGUCGACGGCCUGGACCUCUGCCCGGAACUAAGCGUGGAUCUCAACGUCCAUCUCUGUCGCAUCGGCCGAAUAGACGCGAUGCCCGCGGUACAGUCGCCGUUGCCCUCUUCGCCCGGCCCUCCGAGCCACACCACAGAACCGCCCACACCCCCGAUAACGUCGACCCCGGCAACGACAGAGCUACAGACCGCCACAGCCUCCCAUUCGGGACCGUUGAACUUUUCGCCUGAAGAUGAGAGGUCUCUACUGGAAUGGUACAUCGACACAAUCAACCAUGCGUUCCCUGUCUUCCCCUAUACUCCAUCCGAUGGUGCCGGUGUUGAGGUCGUGUCGGGCUGCAGUCGCGAUCUUGUCCAGACACUCGUCGUCAUCGCGGCCAAGCUGUCCGGCUUCGUCAGCACAUCCUUUGACUCGUCCGAACUCAACGCCCACAUCGACCAGAUCCUCAGCUCCGUGUCCCUGCAAGAGGACAUCGCCGGUGACACGCCAACUCUCGACCAGUUCCGAAAGUUCUGCCUGCUUGCCUUUUACGAGUUCCACCAGUUCCCUGGCCAGCAGGCAUGGACCCGCAUCGGCAAACUCACCCGGUUGGCGCACUGGACUGGUUUGGACCAACUGGACAGGUUGCACGAGAUCGUCCCGCCGUGGACGAUAUUGAGCAAAGAUAGGCUGGAGGAAUGGCGUCUGGUCUGGUGGUGCAUUUACGCCCUCGAUUCCUACGCCAGUGUCUCCACGGGGAUGCCCUAUGAAAUCGACGAGGGGCUCAUCAACACCGCCCUCCCACAAGGCCUGCCAACGAACCAGGACCGAGCAUGCUACCUACCAUACCGCCACGACGGCCUGCUCAAUCUCGUUCAGAAGCUACUAUCAGACUCCCCUCGGCAGACUCUCGGCCUCGAGAUCCACAUCAUCAGCAUCACCGUCUUGCGCCACGCCGGCCGGGCCCUCCGAUUGCACGUCCUCGGCAGACAGGACGACUGCGCCAAAGUCGUCGCCGACACGGAGCGGCGCAUCUCCGAGGUCCGUCUCGCCCUGCCGGGGAACCUCUUCAACCCCCGCCGCAACGCCUUCGCGAACGAGUCCGCCGCGGCCCACCACUUCCGCCUCGUCACCGCCAUGCACCUGCACAUGGCGCAGAUGCUCAUGACGCUCGUCAACUGCCGGCGCCUGGCGGAGGAGCGCGCCUGGCUGCUCAAGUGGCAGCAGGUCCUGGAGCUCUGCCAAGACGUGGCGGCCAUCGCCAAGCAGUGGAACAGCAGCUUCUUCCUCAGCGUCGACCCGGCCGUGUCCAUCAUCGCGUUCAUCGCGCUCAUCUUUUUGGAUUUGCACCUGAAGUUUAACGGUAAUGCUGGUGCUGAGAUUGGUGAUGACCUGCGUACUGAGAUUGAGCACUGCGAGACGGUUUUGUUGCUUUUCCUGGAGCAGUUCGCCAAGUCGUGGACUAUGCCGCGCCUCCUGAUUCUCUCGUUCAAGAGCUUCAAAGAGUCUCUUAACGGCCCUGUCGGAUACCAACAAGUCCGUGCCGUGUUUCUCCAUUUCCAAAGUCCGCUGCAUCCUAGGUGGCUGCAGUUCCUGACCUCCAAUGCUUUGCACGCCGAGAAUUGCCAGUCAUAG